UCUCAAUUAAUUUAUGUUUUUCUCUGCUUAUUAGUUUUAAAAUUUUAAAGAGAAGAGUUAUAUAAGAAGGGCAAUGUACAUAUUCUCUCCAAACAAAAACCCUUUUGUUACAUAGCUUAUCAUAAUUAUUAAGCUAACAAUUACUAUGGUUUCUUUAGGUCGUUCAUGGCCUUUAAUUGGCUUCUUCUUGGUGGUAUGCAUAUUAGUCGGAUCAAAGGGUGCAACUGCUGCCAUCUAUUAUCGACCAAGUCCAUGGUCCAAUGCUCAUGCUACAUUUUAUGGUGACGAAACCGCUAGAGAAACUAUGGGAGGAGCAUGUGGUUAUGGUAACUUGUUUACCAAUGGUUACAACACAGAUACUGCUGCAUUGAGCACAACACUAUUUAACGAUGGAUAUGCUUGUGGGCAAUGCUUCCAAAUUAAAUGUGUUAAUAAUGCAAAAGCAUGUUACUCAGGCUUCACCACAAUCACUGCCACCAACAUUUGCCCACCUAAUUGGUCCAAACCUUCCAACAAUGGUGGCUGGUGUAACCCUCCUAGGGUUCACUUCGACAUGUCUAAGCCUGCUUUCAUGAGAAUCGCUCAAUGGAGGGCUGGGAUUGUUCCCAUCAUGUACCGCAGAGUGCCUUGCAUGAGAAGUGGAGGGCUAAGAUUUAGCUUCCAAGGAAAUGGGUAUUGGCUAUUGGUGUAUGUAAUGAACGUAGGAGGAGGAGGUGACAUAUCCAAAAUGUGGGUCAAAGGUAGCAAAACCAAUUGGAUCAGUAUGAGCCAUAACUGGGGAGCUUCCUACCAAGCUUUCUCAGCCCUUGGUGGCCAAGCUUUGUCCUUUAGAAUCACUUCCUACACCACCAAACAAACCAUUACACUUUACAAUGUGGCACCCUCUAAUUGGCAAGUGGGAAAGACUUACAAGGGUAAUGCCAAUUUCAAAUAACUUAGUCUCAUCAAAUCCAAUUCAAUCCAAAUAUUCAUACGUAUAGUCUUUUUCUUUGUAUUUGAUUUGCUUUUUAAGAAUUUUCUUGUACUUUAAAAAUCUACGAUCAAAUAUGAUUAUCGAUAAAGUACAAAUUUGAUCAUUCAUCUGAAUUGUAUUUUGAUGAUAAAUGAUUAAAAUUGUAUUUUACCGUUGGGAUUUUAAAAUCAUAUUUAUUUCGUAGAAUUAAUUGUCUUAUGUUUCGAAGAUGCGAGAGUAGAGAUCGGGCAGAUGGUCAUUUGUACUGACCAACUAUUUGUUUUGGCAACAAUUAAGCUGUAUUGCUUAUUUUAUAUAUAUAUAUACAAAAAGAAAAGAAAUGUUAUUAUCUCAUCACAAGGGGAACUGGGACUGAAUGCAAUCAUUUUGUUUUUGCAGAGAAUUAAUUAUAAGAUGGUUUAUUUUAUUUUCAUAUAAUCUUUGAUUCACCGAUUGUUGUAUUCAACAGCUUAUUUUGUUCUUAGCUAGCUUGAAAAACAUAUACAAUCUGCUGAGGAUUUCUGACAACUCAGUUGAGCUGUAUCCAAUGAUUUUGUGAUGGAAAUAUAGUCAAAAUGAUUAAUUUGACUAUAGACAAAGUAAACGACAUGAACUACCACAUAAACGACUCAUGUAUUGGCAGUUAUUACUUACUUCACAUAUUAUUAUUAUUAUAUAAUAUAGAAACAUUACAUUUGAGUUGGGAAUCUUUGUCACUUACAACAAAACACUUGGGCCCAUACAUGAAAACAAACUCAUAGCCAUGCUUCCGAACGUGAGACCCACAUUUCCCAUAAAGUGUGACUAAGUCUAACAUGUUAAUUAGACACCCUUGAAAGG